AUGACGACCACCAUGGCUCCCGCUCUGGCAGCAUGGCCUCACAAUCAACCGGCGCACAACGUGGGUUGGCCAGAGCCUCACCUCCAAUACCCCCCACAAGCCAUGAUGCAGACCUAUCUGCAGCCGAUUCACACGUCAUCCAUAGCCCCACACUCGGCGAGGAGGGAACCACUCCCCAGACCGGGACAAAGUAGCCCGUGGACGGCGGAGGAAGACAACAUUCUCCUCGAUGCCAAGAGCCAAGGUUUGGCGUGGGAAGAGAUCAAAAUCAAACACUUUCCAAACAAAUCAGGAAACGCAUGCCGAAAGAGACAUGAGAGAUUGCUGGCGAAAGCGAGGAAGACCGAUUGGGACGAAGCCCGAGUACAGAAAUUGGUGAAUUGUUACAGUCGAUGUCGGGAACAAAUUUGGCGCCAACUCAGCGAUCAAGUGGGGGAGAGGUGGGAUGAAGUUGAAAAAGUGAUGUUUCAACAGGGUCUUCGAGGGUUGAGGAAUCCUCGACCCUAUCAUGGACGCACCCGGUCGCGAGCAAGUUCGAGUCAGGGAGGUCCAGGAGAAUAUGACGAUGCCUCAUCAGAUGAGUAUGAAAACGUUAAUGAUAGUGGGAUCAGUCUGGGUCAUGCUGGUCACAGUCGACGUGCCAGUGAGCUCGGGACAUUGCAACAACAAAGUCUUCCCAGCGUGGGCCAUAUUCUCUCCGAAGCUGGAGGUGGUGGAUAUAGCUACACUUCAUGA